AUGGGGAAUUACCAGGCAAAAUCUGAAGUUGAGCUCCUCAAAGUGACAACGAACGUCGUUGGAAUGGCUAAGCUUCUAGAAUGGCGUCACCUGGAGACGAUAGGCAAUAUCCGGAAAGGAUUUGUGUUUACACGGCAGAUGGUGAAAGACAGUCGACCGAAAGAGAAGUCAUUCACAACUCCAACCGUGUUUAUCGAGAAGCAAGUAAGUGUCCCAAAAAAGAGCACGAGCAAGACUACGGCACAGAAGCGGAAAAUCGAAUCAAAUCACACUAGAGGGAUCAAUGGUUCUGCUAGUAAAAGGGCCAAAAGUAGUAAAAAUGAAUCUGUAACCACGCGAAGUGUCCCUGUCGUUGAAAUACGCCCACAACCGACAAGAUCUGCGCCAGAACAGGAACUUUCUAACUCCGCCGAAGGUACGUCAGUUAUUCCUCAAAAGCCCCUACGACGUAGUAGUCGGAUUCACGAGCUGGGAUCCAACUUGUCUAUCGGAGGAAAACGAACGUUAUCUGAGGGCUCUGAGGUAUAUGACCGCGUCAAAAGACUACAAUUGGCAAGUAAUCAUGGAGGGGCUUCAACAGUUCAUGCGGGCUUGGCUGCAACAAGUCAUAGGAACGAUCAAAACCAACUUGGCAUGAAUGCUACACCGGACGUAUACAAUGCGGGAAUCACUGCUAGUGCUGAAACACCGGGCUUUAAGAUAAUAAAGGUCAAGCAUGCAGUAAUCCGCGACCGUCAGCAAGCUGCUGUCGCGAUAACACCGUUUGGACGUCCAAUUUACAAGUUCAAUUGCGGACUAGAACUUAUCAUUGGUCUACGUGAUGCUAUCAAGGCUCACAUGUCAUUACUGAACGACGCAAAGAUACUUCACAGAGAUAUCUCAGUGAACAAUAUCAUCUUCAUCGACCCUGGAGAAACGACAAUGUAUGGUGGUAGACUUAUUGAUCUGGAUCUUGCAACCUUGUUCAAGGAUGGCAAAGAACAAGGAAAUAAAGGAGUGAUAACGGGCACAACACAAUUCAUGGCAUUAGAGACUUUAAAAGGAAGUUGCUCGAGCAUUGGAGUGGUUGUUAGUCAUAAAUACCGUCAUGACUUAGAGUCAUUCUACUAUGUACUAGUAUGGAUUUGUAUACGAUGUGGUUGGGCAGACGACGACUCACCGUACGAGGGACUGUUGUCAACAUGGUAUACUGGAACUGCGGAACAAAUAUUUUCGGAAAAGGAAAAGCAUUUGCAAAAAUACUUUUUCAAAGAUCAACUUCUACCUAUGUUCUCACCAAUGUUUGAGGAUAUAAAGCCAUUGGUCUCGGAGUUUUGGAACAAAUUGUUUUACAAGAACAACGAAUUCAUUAUCGACAACAAUAUGGACGACAAAGAAUUGUACGAGCCGAUAAUCGAUGCGUUUGAUGAGACAACCCAAAUAAUGGAAAGGUAA